AUGGUGAGGGCAUUGCACAAGCAAUGUUCGCCAUACGCAACCACAUCACCCUCGUCGUCCUCAGGUCAGCCAGCGCCCAAACGCCAGCGCAUUCAACACUCGCCUUCGCAAUCACAAUGUACAACCGUCUCGAUCCCCUCCAGCCCGGCUCAGCACCAACCUCAACAAGACGUUGCCGCUGAGCAAUCCCCUUCACACCAAAAGACACUGGAUGCUUUCCUCGCCGAUGUCCGAACACAAUUCGAGGCGCCACUCGACCGAGAUCGAUUGCUAUCCUUUUCUCAGCAAAUUCAGACAGAAUGCCGCGAGCGUCUUGCCGAGUCCGACAUCUCCAUGCUGCCCUCAUAUCAACACACCCUACCGACCGGUGAGGAGCGUGGAGACUUUCUCGCUCUCGACGUUGGAGGCUCAACAUUACGCGUCGCGCUCAUUCGACUCGACGGCAAAGGACGAGAUGGCGACGACGGCGGUUCCGACGACGGCAUGGAGAUCCGUCGCACGCGCAAAUUCGACAUCAACGAAAAGAUUCGGAAACUCCAGGGCGAGGCCUUUUUCGAUUGGAUGGCGGCGCGGAUAGAAGAGAUGUUGUUGGAACACGGUCAUAUCCCCGUGGACGGCGUGACUCCCACAUCGCCGUUGCCUAUGGGCUUGGCGUGGUCGUUCCCUGUGGAACAGACAUCUCCGAGAUCGGGCAAGUUGCUUGCCAUGGGAAAGGGCUUCUGCGCGACGCACGGCGUAGAGGGGCAGGAUUUGAGUGAACUCAUCAUGCGUGCAUGUACCCGCCGGGGUCUGCCUGUGGAGAUGCGGGCGAUCGUCAACGACGGCGCCGCCACGUUGCUCGCGCAGACGUAUCGGGAUCCCACCACGCGCAUGUCGCUUAUCCUUGGCACCGGUACGAACGCCUGUGUGUUCCUCCCCGUGCAUGCAUUGGGCGCAGAGAAAUUCGGCACCCGUCCGGAGAGUUGGUUCGCUGCCGCCACACAUGUCCUGGUCAACACAGAGUUGAGCAUGCUCGGCCGUGAGGCCCUGCCGACCACUGGAUGGGAUGACGACCUCAACGCGCAACACCGUCUGCCCGACUUUCAGCCUUUGGAAUAUCUCACCACCGGUCGCUACCUCGGCGAGAUCGUCCGACUGAUCCUGCUCGAUGCCAUCGCCAAUGCAGGUCUGUUUGCAGGACGCAUCCCGUCCGGUCUGGACGAAGCGUACACCCUGGACACGCGUAACCUAGCCGCCUUCGAAGCCGACUCGUCCGCUGCCGGAUUGGAGAAGGCAGCCGCUGCUUUCCUCGAAGCCCACCCGAUCGCCGACGCCGCCUCGACGCCGGCCACCAGCACCGCCGCAUCAUCGCCCAGCACCGCCGACUGGCGCUUCGUCCGCUCCAUCACCCGCCUCGUUACCCAUCGCGCCGCCGCCUACCUCGCCACCGCCCUGCACGCCCUGUGGCGCAUCCGCACCCAGAGCGAAGACGACUUCCAACAGAGCAUCGACGCCCACGCCGACAACGAGUCCCACAUCUCCGUCGCCUGCCAUGGCACCAUCGCCGAACAGUACCCCGGCUACCGCGAUCGCUGCCAGCGCUACCUCGACGACCUCUGCGGUGCUGCACCCGGCACCGUGACCCUGGCGGUCGCGCCGGAGAGCUCGAUCUUCGGCGCCGCCGUCGCUGUCGGUUGUAUGGAAGGCCGGGAAGGUUGA